AUGAAGCUCUCCGGCCUUCUCGCCUUAGCGACUGCAAUCCGUACUGCCUUGGCGGUGUCGGCUGGCACAUUUAAUGUCUUGGCCUUCAACGUUGCUGGACUACCCGAAUUUCUCGCCGACAAUGGCAUUCCUGGGGGCAAGGAGGCGGCUGCCAAGCAGAUAGGACAGAAAUUCGCUGCUGGAGCAUACGAUGUCAUUCACGUUCAGGAAGACUUCGCCUACAAUGACGAAAUCUACGAUAAUGACAAUCACAAAUUCCGCACCAAAACCACGGGAAAUGUGCCAUUCGGCAGUGGACUCAAUACUCUUGCCAACUUCGGGUGGAGCGACUUACGAAGAAUCAAGUGGGAUCGCUGUUUCAUCAAUGAAGCAGAUUGCUUGACGCCAAAAGGCUUCACUUACAUGCGCAUGGAAGUGGCCGAAGGCGUCACUAUCGAUUUUUACAAUCUUCACGCGGAAGCAGGCAACGAAGAACAGGAUUUUGAAGCCAGGAGAUCCAACAUCGAGCAGUUGAGCAACCACAUCACUUUCGUCUCAGCGGGUCAAGCAGUCAUUGUCUUUGGCGACACGAAUACUCUAUAUUCGAGGGCCCAAGACAAUAUUCGCAUUUUGGGCACGCAGAACGGCCUAAGAGACGCCUGGGUCGACCUUAUUCAAGGCGGAACGAUACCAGCCAACGCACCAGAAUGCACAGAUCCCACUACCAACCAGACAUGCGAAGCGAUCGAUAAGGUGCUAUAUCGCUCUGGCGCGAGUGUCAUCUUGUCGGCCGCGAAUCAUGCCUAUGUUACGGACAGAUUCUUGCAACCGAAUGGAGAUAGACUGUCGGAUCAUAAUGCGGUUCUGGUGGAUUUUGCUUGGUCGGCAUAG